UGGGUCCAAAUGUCACGACUGCCCCAUAUCGUCUACCUGCUGACAGCUCUGCUGCAGCAUGGCGCCGAGACCGCUAACUACAAUGUAUUCCUCGAUGAGCAAUUGAUCCAGGAGUCGUGCGACAGCACUGACGACAAGGGCAAUGUGGCAUUGAGUGAGCUAGUGGAAACCCACCUCACGACUGUCCUCGACAAUGACUAUGAAACGCUUUACAUAAGCGGCGACAUUAUCAUAAAACGGGCACUGCCACGCAGUCCCAUUAAAUUCGAGGUGGACGUCAGCCGCUGGGAGCGUGGUCAGUGGGUGCCCACAUUUGUUACCCUAAAACGUGACAACUUUUGCAAGUCCCUAAAGGAUCCAUUUGAGGUCUGGCACCUAUACUAUAUUACACAGAUAUCCAAGCAGCAGCGCACAUGUCCACCGCAGCAAGGCCAAGUUUACAGCUUUACAAACGUUUCCAAUCGCAUGGUAGUGCGAAAUUUGCCCCGUUGGGACAUCGAGGGAAAUCUGAAGGCCGUAUUGCACCUUAGUGCCGGUAAUAUGAAGACCUGUAUACUGAUCUACUGCACAGUUAGCUUGGCCUAAAGACCCUAACAAUGUCAUCUGAAUAUUGACCGUAUAGAGAAUAUUCUACAACUGUUGCUAUUGUGUAUGCUCUAUAUAUAGAAUUUUGAAUUUGUUCCAUUUUGUGGGUGGCAUCCCCGUUGGCAGUUUAUUUGAUCUUUUCACUGAUUUAAU